AUGGCGCCAACGAAAGACGAAAGUGUCGACGACAGCUCACUGGAUGUUGAAUCUGUGGCUACACGGCGUGGUAGAAGAUCAAAAAAGGAGACAGGAGCCAGUGCUGCUUUGAAGAAAAUUAAACAAUCUCGUGAAAGCGGCGAAAAAGUAAAAUACGAGGUUGAUGAAAUAGACAACGUAUACGAUGAAGUUGACGAGGCGGAAUACAGUAAGGUUGUCAGAAAACGCCAGCUUCAGGAUGAUUGGAUUGUUGAUGAUGAUGGUGGUUAUGUUGACGACGGACGCGAAAUAUUCGACGAAGAUUUGGAUGAAAAACCGUCUGCAGCAGCCCCGAAGAAAGGACAAAAAAAGAAAAUUAAUGUCAAGAAACCAGCGGUUAAACCGAAAACAAUCGAAAGUAUGUUCCUCAUGGGCUCGAAAUCAAAAAAGCCUGAUCAGAAUAAAAACGUGAACAUUGAAGAAGAUGAAUUUCUUAACGGUAUCCUUCAAGAUAUGAAUAGUCCGAAACCCGAAAUCACAACUGCAGCCAAUCGAUCUACUAGACAGGGGGGAAGAACUCCGACUAGCGCUGGACCAAGGAAAGCAAUGCCACGUCGUUUGCAGCCACCUGCUGCGUCGUCAUAUUACAAGAACGCGUACAGAGAACCAGUACGACGUGCCUCAAAGAUUACGACCACGCCGCCAUUUGUGUCCAGGGCUACCAAGCAAAGGAAUGCGGCCAAGUCUCAGCCAUCGAACGUUUUUAAACACGAGCCAAAAGAUGAAGAUAAUUCAAUGGAAACUCCCUGUUUCAAUGGCGAUGAUGGGACUGCGGAUUACAUUGGCGAUGACAUUACACAAAAUGUCGAGGAAGAAGUAAAGGAAAACGUCGAAACGGACAACGGUGCGGAAGCUAUGGAAGACUUUGCGGACGAUGAUUUUAAUACUGAAGAUAUGGAGGCAUUAGAUGCUGUAGAGGAGAAAGCCAUUGAAACUGAGAUUAAGAAAGAGGAGAAUUCUGUGAGUAAAAAUAGAGGCGCUUCAGAUCUGGCUAAACCUAAAAUUCAGUUCGACAAUAUUCAACCCGGAGAAGCAUUUGAAACGAUCAGAGGACAGAUUCACGCAAAUCCAAAUGAGCAAUUCAAAGAGAUCAGUGUGGACUCGUCGUCUUUAAACAUCGUUAAGAAUGAACAAGGCGAGAAUGUGUUCAAAUUUUAUUGGUUCGAUGCCUACGAAGAUAGUUAUGCACAGCCAGGAACUAUUUUCAUGUUUGGGAAAGUAUGGAUUGAUAAAGCGAAAAGUUAUGUCAGCUGUUGUGUUGUCGUCAAGAACAUCGAGAGAACACUCUUUUUCCUGCCUCGAAAUAAGAAACUUGCCCCAGAUGGAACAGAGACAGAAGAAACGGUUGGAUUCACUGACGUAUACCAGGAAUUUAACGACGAUAUUGCCGAUAGGUACAAGAUCAUGAAGUUUUCCGCAAGGAGAACAUUGAAGAAGUAUGCGUUCGAAGUCGAAGGAGUUCCACCAGAGUCUGAGUAUUUGGAGGUCAAAUAUUCUGCAAACUUUCCUAAGUUGCCGUCGAACAUGGUCGGGAAGACGUUCAGUCGCGUGUUUGGAACGAACACGUCAAGUUUGGAGCAGUUGUUGUUACAAAGGAAACUCAAAGGCCCUGGUUGGUUGAAAGUCAAAAUGCCUCAAAUUCCAAAUCAGGCAAUGAGUUGGUGCAAAUUAGAGGCAAUCGUCAGUAAACCUGACCACAUCACUCCGUUAACAGAAGGAAAUCUUGAGCCCCCUCCACUGGUUGUGCUGAGUGUAUCACUUCGGACGAUUCUGAAUCCAAGAACACACUUGCACGAGGUGUUGGCAGUUACUGGUCUUGUGCAUCAAAGCUUUCGGGUGGACAAAGUUGCUCCCAAAGACAAAUAUUUUCAGCACUACUUCUGUGCGGUUACCAAGCCUCAAGAUAGCAUGUUCCCCUACGACUUUAAGAAUGUGCUAAAAAAGCAAGAAAUGAAUGUUGAAAUUUGUCCUACCGAAAGAUCACUUCUUGGAUUUUUUAUGGCCAGUCUUCUUAAGCUCGAUCCGGAUGUAAUUGUGGGUCAUGAUAUUAGUUCCUUUGAUUUAAAUAUUUUGCUGCACAGAAUCAGUGCUUGCAAGAUACCAAACUGGUCUCGCAUGGGACGAUUGAGAAGGCAGGUUAUGCCGAAGCUUACGGUCGGCUCCAAAGGCGGCUUUGCUGAGCGCACAGCCACGUGUGGUCGACUGAUUUGUGAUGUGAAAUGUUCUGCUCAAGAAUUGAUACGCAGCAAAAGUUACGAUCUCACAGAACUGUGUAAAGUUAUUCUAAAAAGUGAUCGCACUACGAUAGCGGACGAAGACACGCUAGAAAUGUUUAGCACAUCCAACGCACUUGUUUCGAUGUUGAAUAUGACGCUUACUGACAGUCUUCACGCUCUAAGGAUUAUGUAUGAACUCAAUGUAAUGCCACUCGCAUUACAAAUCACGAAUAUUGCAGGCAACUUGAUGGCCAGAACUUUACUCGGUGGUCGGUCGGAAAGAAACGAGUACUUGUUGCUUCAUGCUUUCGAUGAAAAAAGUUAUAUUUGUCCUGACAAGUCUUUUGAGAAGAAACAAAAGACUGCAACGUCGAAUGAAGGUGAUGAGGCAAACGCCCAGACCACAAAGAAAGGAAGGAAAAAGCCCGCUUAUUCAGGUGGCCUUGUACUCGAACCAAAGAGAGGUUUUUACGACAAGUUUAUCUUAUUGUUGGAUUUCAACAGUUUAUAUCCUUCCAUCAUCCAGGAAUACAAUAUUUGUUACACAACAGUGAACAGAUCACCACCAGAAGGCGUGAACAAAGAAGAUGUGGAAUCCUGGGUGGAGCUUCCUGACUCCGAUUUGGAAGCAGGCGUGUUGCCUGUCGAAAUCCGCAAACUCGUUGAAAGGCGAAGGGAGGUAAAGAAAUUGAUGAAAGGGUUAAAGGGAGAUUCCGAUGAAUAUUUGCAGUAUGACAUUCGACAGAAAGCUCUUAAACUAACUGCUAACAGUAUGUACGGUUGCCUUGGUUUUUCUCACUCACGGUUUUACGCGAAGCCGCUGGCGGCGUUGGUUACAAGCAAAGGCAGAGAGAUUUUAUUGAAAACCAAGGAUCUGGUUCAAGGUAUGAAUCUGGAUGUGAUUUAUGGCGAUACGGAUUCUAUCAUGAUCAACACGAAUACAACAGACUUCAAGGAUGUUUUAAAAUUAGGGAACAAGGUAAAAAAUGAAGUAAAUAAAUUGUACAAGCUUCUCGAAAUUGACAUUGAUGGCGUCUAUAAAUCGAUGUUAUUACUGAAGAAAAAAAAGUAUGCAGCAAUCUCUGUUCAAGCUCUCGAGAAUGGAAAGUUUCAUGAGGCAAAAGAGACUAAAGGUCUGGAUAUUGUCCGAAGAGACUGGUGUCAACUAGCCAAGGAUGCUGGCAAUUAUGUUCUCGAUCAAAUUCUCUCCGCUGAAGUAAGGGACACAAUCGUGGAAAAUAUUGCUGAUUAUUUAGGGAAAGUUGGGAAAGAUGUCCAAGGCGGAAGUUUAUCGUUGGAGAAGUUUGUCAUCAACAAACAACUAACAAAGGCUCCUAACGAGUAUCCAGACAAGAAAUCACUACCGCAUGUUCAUGUUGCAUUGUGGAUGAAGAGUAAGAACAAGAAGGUCAAUGUUGGUGACACCAUUCCCUACGUCAUAUGCGAUGAUGGUUCAACGUUAUCCAUGGCUCAGCGAGCUUAUCAUCCUGAAGAAUUUCAACGAUCUGAAACACUUAUACUCGACAGCAAAUAUUACUUGGCCAACCAAGUUCAUCCUGUCGUGUCUCGGUUAUGUGACCCGAUUGAUGGAACUGACUCGGCCCACAUCGCGAGCUGUCUUGGGCUGGAUCCGUCCGGAUAUCGUUCUUCCAUUGCGCAUAAAGACGAAAAUGACGCUCUACUUGGUGGUGAGGCACAAAUGAGUGACGAGGAACGGUUUAAGGAUUGUGAUCCAUUUUCAAUGCGUUGUAAGGAUGGUUGUGGGGAGCAAUAUGUAUAUGAUCUUUCUUCUACAAAGAAGGCUCUUGAUUAUUCUCAAUGCUCACAUUGCAACAAAAGGUUUAAAAAGGAAGUUGUAAUAAACAAACUUACGCUGUUGAUCAGAAAACAUGUGAAGAAAUACUAUGCUGCCUGGAUGAUUUGUGAUGAUUCAUCGUGUGGUCAGCUUACGAGAGAUAUCUCUUCUGCCAAUCAGCGCGGAGCCCUUCUUUGUGCUUGUGAGCGUGGUCAUCUUUUUCCCGAGUAUAAUGACACAACGUUAUAUACACAGCUGUUGUAUUAUCAACGUCUUUUCGAAAUUGAGAACAAAGAUCUUCCAGUCGGCGAAAAAAGACAAGAUUACAGAGAAUGGUUCUCUGCCAUACAUAGCUUUGUGACAAAUCUUAUCCAAAACAAUUCGUACUCCGAAGUUGACCUGCAAAAACUGUUCCGAACGCUUUGUUCUACAACGAAGGCCUAACGAUGAAUCCUGUCAUAAUACUUGUUAACUUUUCUUGCGAAGUUGCUGGCUAUAGCGAAUUUAUUAAUUGGUUUUAAUUUUUCAUCCAUCAAAGUGAGCAAAUCUUGAAUUGUGCCGUGGUUUUUCGGUUGCUAGCGUUUAAAAUAAGGCGGUUUUUUUGAAAUGGGCACUAUAACACUGAAAUGCUCCAAACCACUGCACAUUAUUAACAUCAUUAUCAAAUGCGUUGUACAAGUAUGUGUAUAUAUAUUAGGUCUCGUAUAUAUUCGUCUUUGCAUGGGGGUUAUCCUUCACGCAGUUUUGAUUAACUGUGAGUUUAUCCUAGCAUUUAGAAUUUUUUGCGAGAAUUUUGUAAUUCAUACAUUUCUGUAUAUUUCUUUAGGC